UCCUAGAUAAGCAACGUCUUGUUUUUUGUUUUACCACCCAUAUGUAUGUGCUUGUUCCGUCAGUACGCAACCUGCUUCAACAGUGGAAUAUAUUUAAUAUGGACCCUGCUAGUUGUGGUUGGAAUUGGAUCUGUUUACUUUCACGCCACCCUCAGUUUCCUGGGCCAGAUGCUGGAUGAGCUGGCUAUUCUCUGGGUCCUGAUGUGCGCACUUGCCAUGUGGUUCCCUAGGAGGUACCUGCCCAGAGUUUUUAGGAAUGACAGGAGUCGAUUUAAAGCUGCUGUGGGUGUCCUGUCUGGAGUUACUACCUGCCUCGCCUUCAUUAAGCCUGCCAUCAACAACAUCUCGCUGAUGACUCUGGGUGUUCCCUGCACAGCUUUGCUCAUUGCUGAGUUGAAGAGGUGUGAAAACCUGCGUGUGUACAAACUGGGUCUCUUUUCAGGUCUUUGGUGGAUGCUAGCACUUUUCUGCUGGAUCAGUGACAAAGCAUUUUGUGAGAUCUGGUCCUCAUUUAACUUCCCCUAUUUGCACUGUGUAUGGCACAUUUUGAUUUGCCUUGCGGCGUACCUGGGCUGUGUCUGCUUUGCUUACUUCGAUGCUGUCUCUGAGAUCCCUGAGCAGGGGCCUGUCAUAAAGUUCUGGCCCAGUGAAAGAUGGGCAUUUAUUGGUGUUCCCUACGUCACCCUCCUCUGCGCACACAAGAAAUCGCCUGUGAAGAUCACAUGAGGUUGGCCAUGGAAUGGGGAUGGAGUUUCAACUUACAUUCCGGCACAGACAGUAUUUAAAUAAUGAUAAAUGAAUAAGGGUUGUAUUUUGUCUUCUUCCUAAGAUAUGCAGCACAUCAUGUGUCAUAGAAAGAGGAGGCAAGCGUGUUCUUUCCUUUCUCUGGAGAAGAGAGUGGAAGCUGGGAGGUGGAGGCUUUUGAACACUAACUUCUAGCUUCUCUGGUUGGCUCUGUUUUGCACUGUGUUUUCAAUGUAGCAUUUCUCUUGAUAAAAGCUCUUUCCAA